CCAGGUAACAUCUGCGGGUCAGAGGAAACUUUUGAAGCGCCUUCUAAUAAGAAGCCCCGGACAUGGCGAGCAGGACCACCCCGCUGCUCCUCAAGGCGCUGCUGGACGUCACCGAGACGCACUCCGCCAGACUCACCGCGCGAGGGAACGGCGCGAGAGGGAAUCUCAGGCGCUUUGGCUCCUGCGGCGUUCUGGCAACACGGAGGUCCAGCCUCCAGCUGUGCCCGGCCUCCGCCGCGAGCCCGCCGAGCCGCACCUUCAUCAACCUGACCGCCCCCAUCGCCGCCCGGAGGAUGGAGUACAACGAGAGCCGCACCAUGGGGUUCAGUCCGGAGCAGAUGUACGCCUUGGUGGCCAGUGUGGACCGGUACCAGGAGUUUGUCCCCUGGUGUAAGAAGUCUCGGGUCAGGACGGGGAAGAACGGCGGCGUCCUGGCCGAACUGGAGAUAGGUUUCCCUCCUGUGACCGAGACGUACACCUCUGAGCUCUCCUUCAUCCCAAACCACCAAGUCAGGGCCUUGUGUAGCGAUGGAUCCCUCUUCAGCCAUCUUGAAACAAUAUGGAGGUUUUCCCCCGGAGCCAAAGGUCAAACCGACUCCUGCAAAGUAGAUUUCUAUGUGUCCUUUGAGUUCAAGUCCCUGCUGCACUCUCAGCUGGCCGGCCUGUUCUUCGACGAAGUGGUGAAACAGAUGGUCGGCGCCUUCGAGAAGCGAGCGGCAACGCUGUACAGGAGCCAGCAGGAGGCGCCGCUGAGGAGGCGGUCAGCUUGAAGGACUCAACCACAGGGAUUCAGAACCAAAACCUGCCAGCGGACUGGAUCUAAUUCUCUUUAUUCCACAUGAAGACCUCUUAUUUAUUUAUCAUUCACCUGUUGUACAUACUGUAUUUUACAUGCCUUAUCGAGUAAUAUAUUGUGACGACACUCAAGUCUAAACUGCUAGUGCAAUCUCUGAAAUUCAGAAUAUUUAUUUUCUUGAAUAAAAAGUUUU